CCAACACCAACCCAAAGCUCUCUCGAAAGCGAACAAAACAAACGCCCACACACACACGGUGACACGCACCCCGACGCCCCCCCUCCCCUUUGCUUCUCCGCCUCCGCCUCCGCCUCCCUCCUCACGCACGCCAAAAAAUUUCCCUCUUUUCCUCAUUCUCCGCCUCCUUAUAAUCUCAAUUCACCACCACCGUCCUUCUCGCUCUCGCUCUCGCUGCUGCUCCUGCAGGUCCCCCAAUCCCGUGGGCGUGGGGGGGGGGGGGGGGUGUUCGGGGUUCUUGCUUUGCUGGGAUGGUCGACGCCUAGGUGUUUUGCUUUGCUUUGCUUUUGCUAGGGUUCUUGAGGGGGGGGGGGGGGUGGUUGCCCGGGGGCUUCUCCAAACAUGGUGCUGCGGCGCUUCGCGUGGCCGUACGGCGGCCAGCGGGCCUCCUUCUGCGGCAGCUUCACCGGGUGGAGGGAGUGCCCCAUGGGGCUCGUCGGGGCCGAGUUCCAGGUGGUGUUCGAUCUGCCCCCCGGGGUUUAUCAGUACCGGUUUUUGGUUGAUGGUGUCUGGCGAUGUGAUGAGACGAAACCUUGUGUACGGGAUGAAUAUGGGUUGAUUAGCAAUGAAGUUCUUGUGGAUAAUACACAUCCGGUUGUACAGCCAGAAACUUCCAUCAGAGUAGUGAGUAUGGAUGAGGGUACUAUACUGACAACACAGAUGCCCCCAGAUCAGUUAUCUCAAAACUCAGGCGUGCAGAUAGCAAUUUUCCGCCAUCGAGUCUCUGAGAUAUUAUUACAUAAUACCAUAUAUGAUGUUGUUCCUGUUUCUAGCAAGAUAGCAGUUUUGGAUGCUCGUCUUCCUGUCAAGCAAGCCUUUAAAAUCAUGCAUGAUGAGGGUCUUUCUUUGGUUCCUCUUUGGGAUGAUCAGCAGCAAACCGUAACAGGCAUGCUAACCGCAUCCGAUUUUGUAUUAAUUUUGAGAAAGCUGCAGAGAAACAUUCGAACUCUUGGCCAUGAGGAACUUGAAAUGCAUUCAGUGUCUGCUUGGAAAGAAGCAAAAUUGCAGUUUUAUGGGGGACCUGAUGUUGCUGCCAUUCAGAGAAGGCCAUUAAUUCAUGUUAAGGAUUCAGAUAAUUUAAGGGAUGUGGCAUUGGCUAUAAUUAGAAAUGAAAUAUCUUCAGUUCCUAUCUUUAAGCCCUCAACGGAUUCAUCAGGGAUGCCUUUGCUUGGUCUUGCAACCCUUCCAGGGAUUGUGAAAUUUAUUUGCUCAAAGCUGCAAGAACAGCCUGAAGGGUACUCAUUUCUGCAAAACCAGAUUGUCAGUAUGCCUAUUGGUACAUGGUCACCACAUACUGGCAAGGCAAGCAAUAGACAGCUUAGAACUUCGCGACCAAGCACUCCUCUAAAUUCAUGCCUGGAUUUGCUGCUUGAAGAUAGAGUAAGCUCAAUUCCUAUAGUUGACGAUAAUGGCGCUCUCCUUGAUGUCUACUCGCUCAGUGAUAUCAUGGCUCUAGGCAAGAAUGAUGUCUACACUCGUAUUGAGCUUGAACAGGUGACGGUGGAGCAUGCCUUGGAGCUGCAAUACCAGGUGAAUGGCCGAAGACACUGUCAUACCUGCUUGAGCACUAGUACCUUCCUGGAGGUUUUGGAGCAAUUGUCAGCUCCAGGGGUGCGGCGAGUCGUCGUUAUUGAACCAAGGAGCAGAUUUGUGCAAGGAAUAAUCUCAUUGAGGGACGCAUUUACAUUUCUCAUUGGAUAACAUUUGUGUAGCCAGCCAUUCCAUACAUGAAAAAGAAACAACAGACAGUGCCUCAGGAGGAAAAAGAAAGCUGGACCAGGUCUGAAUCCACUACCUUCUCUCCAAGGGUGCCUCAGUGUUCAAAGCUCAAAGUGAUUAGAUAUUGCCUGAAAGUAUUACUUCCUCCGUUUUAAAAUGUAUGAUGCCGAUGGCUUUUCGCAUAAUGUUCCACCGUUCGUUUUAUUCAAAAAUCUAGUAUAAAUAUGUAAAAAUAGCAUAAUGUUUCACCAUUCGUUUUAUUCAAAAAUUCGUUUUAUUCAAAAAUCUAGUAUAAAUAUGUAAAAAUAUAAGUUAAGGUUAUAGUUUUUUAUGAUAAAACAAGUCAUAAUAAAAUAAUUGAUCAAAUAUUAUGUAAAAA